AUGGAAUCGACCCAGAAGAUCGGAUCCCGCGAUGCGCGGUUGAAGAGCAGGGGUUGUCUUUCGUGUAUUCGGAUGAAAGUCAAGGCUAUGCGACGAAACGAAGCCACACUGCCAGAGAUGCCAGAAUUCCCGCAGAUCACCGUGUAUACGAGCCCUGUUCCCGUCUCAAUGCCCACUGAUUGGAUUCAAUGUGCGGUCUCCUACUAUUUUCAUAACUACGUAUUGACGCGAACCAACGGCUUUCCCGGAUACUACGACUUUCUUCCGCGGUUUUAUGAAUCGAAUGUCGAAGCAGGAUACUUUCGGAACUCAGUCGAAGCAGUAGCACUAGCAAGCUUCGCCCAAGUCAAGAAAAUGAGUCCUACCUAUUUCCGCAAAUCCCGUCAAUCUUAUGGACUAGCCCUUACGCAACUCGGAUUUGUGUUAAACAAUGCUACUGAGGCAUAUUCCCCGGCCUCUCUGGCAGCGGUGGCCUUGCUGUGGAUGUACGAUGUCAUUAUGGGUGAAGACAAGCUAGAGUCCAGAAGCCCGCACCGCCAAGGCCUACUAGAAAUCCUGCGAACACGUCUCUCUUUGAAUGCUUAUGGUGAGAAAUGGAUCAACCGUCCCAUCCUGGCGACAAUACACAUGCAGAACAUUGACAAAUCAACGUCCUCUGCCGGCGCGACGCUAGCUGUGGUUCCAUCGCCACCCUUUCACCGAGGAGUCUCUCUCUUAGAAGAGUUGCUUCCGCGGGUGGCUAAGGUCAGCACAGCGAACGCCACACUGAUACAAAGAACUCCUAAUCAAGCGGAAGCUAGGGUGGGUCUUGGACACCUGCAGCAUCUUUUUGAAGAUUUGGAAACUUGGGAGAGAUCCCUACCCGAAGAAUGGUUAUACAAGAUAUACCCUAAUCCGAUAUCAACCGACAGAAGCCCAUUCCCCUCAGAAGUUGUGGUCUUCCCUACUCUGUCCAUAGGUGGAAUGUGGACGGCCAAGUGGCUCGCACAGUUGUCCGUUCUUCGUAACAUGGUACUGCUUGCGCCUAUUGCACUCAAGAUUGGCGUUCCAUGCCCGCCACUGGCUGAGUUCCGGAAGCAGAUAAAAUCUAUAGCCGCACUUCUUUGCUCUAGCAUUCCCUAUCUGCUUGGACAUAUCGCUGAAGAUGGGAAGGCGAAAGGUACUGGGAAUACACCGGCAAUUGGGGCCUUCUUCGCAAUACGGUCGCUGUUUGUUACGGCUCAGCUGCCCGGGCUGCCUGACGAACAGAUGAACUGGAUAUUGGAUCGACUGGGGGAAAUUGGUCGGGAAAAGGGGAUACGCCGGGCACUUAUUCUCCGAGAGUCAAUUUCAGGACGCAGACUAGCCAAUCUUAGGCAAGCUCCCUGA